AUGCAACACAUCAUUCUGAUUACACUCUGUGUCUUGUUUUUAGACAAGUCAUUGGAGUCAGUAGAUCGUCUGCUGUCUGAGCGCUUCAAGAAGCUUUCCCGUUUCCCAGAGGCCUUCAGCUCUGUGCAGUACUGGGGCACGCAGACUCUCACCCCCCCGACUGAUUUCCGUGGCCUGCAGAAUAAAUUGGAGCAGCUCCUUGAUAACAACGCCACCCGCUCCCCACGCACCCCCGUGGUGAUCUUCAAAGCCCUGCAGGCAUUAAGUGAGCGCUUUAAUGGGGAAAUUACAGGUGAGCUUGUAGCCCACAGCUGCUUCUUUCCCGAUGAGUACUUCACCUGCUCCACCCUGUGCCUCAGCUGUGGAUCUGGCUGCAAGAACAGCAUGAACCACUUGGGAGAAGGAGUGUGCCAUGAGGCGAAGCAUCGCUGUCGUUAUACUCUUCAGUAUGAUAAUCGCAUUUACACCUGCAAGGCUUGCUAUGAAGGAGGAAAGGAAGUGAUUGUUAUACCUAAAACCUCCGCUUCCUCAGACUCUCCAUGGUUGGGCCUCGCCAAAUACGCCUGGUCUGGGUACGUUAUUGAAUGUCCCAACUGUGGAGUGAUCUAUCGGAGCCGUCAGUUCUGGUAUGGGAACCAGGACCCUGUGGAUACGGUGGUGCGCACUGAGAUCCAGCAUGUAUGGCCGGGGUCGGAUGGCUUUUUAAAGGACAACAGCAAUGCAGCACAGCGUCUUCUGGAUGGAGUCAACCUAGUGGCCCAGUCUGUGUCAGAGCUCAGUGUGAAGCCUGCCAAGGCCGUCACCUCCUGGCUGACGGAUCAGAUCGCCCCAGCCUACUGGAAACCCAACUCCCUCAUCUUGGUGUGCCAUAAGUGUCAAAUAGUCUUCCACGACAACGACACCAAGCAUCACUGCCGUGCCUGUGGGGAGGGCUUCUGUGACGGCUGCUCCGCCAAAGCUGCCCCCGUCCCUGAGAGAGGCUGGGGUCUCGCCCCCGUCAGAGUCUGUGACGUUUGCUUUGAGCAGAGGGCUUCAUACGCAGAGAUGCUUGAGAAAGAGCAGGAGGAGGAAGAAGGUGGAACUCUGGCCAGGAAGGUUGGAGAAGCGGUCUCCAACACCUUUGGGGUCGUGGUCACUGCUAUUGACAUCCCACUUGGCCUAGUGAAAGAUGCGGCCCGUCCUGCCUACUGGGUGCCUGACCAGGACAUCCUGUCCUGCCACAACUGCCAGCGCGACUUCACUGCCAAGCUGUCCAAGCACCACUGCCGCGCCUGUGGCCAAGGAGUGUGUGACGACUGCUCCCCCGAGCGCCGGGCGGUCCCAUCGCGCGGCUGGGACCACCCUGUGCGCGUGUGUGCCAACUGCAACCAGAAACCUGGAGAACUUUAACAGGGACGGCCUUCCUUCCUCAGACAGCCGGAGAGAACCACUCACUCACUCAGCUAGCAGUCUGUCACUGCUGUACCUCCGUUAAUCAAAUGGUUCUGUCUUACGUCUGUUGAAAGGAAGUUUUUAGGCAUAUAUAUAUAAAACUAUAUAGGACACUUAGCAUCAAGAGUUCCUGUGGCCUUUGUAGAACAGCCAGAACAUGUGAGUUACUUGACUGAGUGCAAAAUCUGCAUUUCCACUCUGAUUUAUUCACAGAGUGAAUAUUUGGAUUCUUAUUGACACAAGUCCCUAACUUUAUGUUACACAAGGCUGUUGAGCUAUUUUUCUACUAUCAGAAAAUGUUACAAAAAAAUAUAUCAUUUAAAGGAUAUUAGUUAGUUGAGAACCCUGUGGGGUUGGUGUGAUUUUAGUUCCCAGCAAUUCUUAUUAUUGAGCAAUGUUUCUCUGAUGUCGCACGUGUAAUGGUAAGGAGAUAUUUGAUAUCCGUGCAGGUAUAACUGCAGGUUCCAUUGCAUGCUGUAUUGCAACAUUUUAGUUUUUGCACUAAGCCUUUUUCAGCUGUUAUAGGCUGUUGCUUACCAUGGCCAAAAUCCAGAUAUCCAGAUUAUCUUGUAGUACCCUAACUGGGCUGAAAUCACCCACAGUGGGUCUAGAUUGUGGAUAUCUGGUGUGCCAAAAAUCAUUCAGGUCACUGUGUCUGUGCUGGUAUCAUGUUUAUAUUUUAUCAUGUAAUUUGUGGUUGUAUGAAAACAUAUAACUAUGUUAGAGCGGUGUACAUUUUAAGCUUUGAAAAUUAUUUAUGUAUUGAACAUAAAAAAACAACUACGUAUUAACACUCAACAACAUGCAUGACAGCCUGAGAGAUCCAUGGCCUUUCUACUUGUUCAGAGGAUGGUCUCUGAAUCCAGCUCACUAUGUCUUUUCCCCAUUGGCCAUUUAGUGUAUCCAUAAUAUGUUGUGAAAUGUAUGUAUAUCAUGUUCAAAUGUGUUCUCUUGACACAUUGAUUUAAAAAAAUGUUUUAAUAAUAUUUACAGUUGGGGUUUGCUUUGGUGUACGGAUAUUUUUUUUCAGGACUUAAAACUAUCUAAAUUGGUCUUCACAACAGUUUUACACUUGCGCCUCCACGUCCCUGUAGGCCCAGACUGACAGGAGAAAGACUCCUGACAACACAUUUUAUUUCAGUUUUAGCUCUACAAAGCUGGUUUUUCUGUCAUUAUACAUCUGUUAUUGAUAUUUUGUAUGUUAUUUUUCCGUUUGACAUUAGAUACUGUAUGGGUAUUUAUAAACUUUGUAGCAACUGUAUGCGAACCACUUUUUCUCCCUAUAUUGUUUUUGUCUUUAUUUUAUUGUUUUCAAGCAUUACACAGAGAAAUGUAUGCUUGAAUGUGGAAAUGGUGCGAUAUUUAGUGACUGAGAGCUUUACAUUUGGAUGUCAUUCAAAGCACAAGGUGAUGCCUUUAAAACAUUUGCUUGUAUUUUGUUGUUAAAAAUGAGAAAAAAAAGGGUCCUUGUCGAUUGUAAGCUUUGUAGAUAAAGUGAAUUCUUCCUUUGCUCCAACGUGGAACUUUUUGGUUCUGAUGAGAAAAUGUGUCUGCCUUGUCUGAAAAUAGAUAUAUCUGUCUGAAUGUUGCAUCACACACCCUCCUCUGAAAUGCAAAUAUUGCACAUAAUAGAAUAAGAAAUACAUUGUUGUCAGAUGUAUUGUUCUGGAGCUCAUUCCCAUGCAAAGUUGUGCAGUCUUUUGCCUCAGAUGUCCUUUGCAAUUUGUGAUGUCUCUUUUUUUUUUUAGAUUAAGUCGGGUGAUAUCAACACUUCUGGCAUAGAGACAACAACUGAAGCAGGAGUGAUUGAUACAUUUUUAAACCAUUGGAAACAAAUUGAUGCGAUGAUAUGUGUGAAUACUAAACUGAUGGAGGAUUUGUUUAAGAUUAAAGUUGUAGCAGCUCCCAUCUGUCAAAAACAUAA